UCCAAUCUCGCUUGUUCACUCGCCGUAUUUCUUGCACCCUCGGCUCCAGCUCCCAUCACUCAUCGAAUCUUCUCUUUCAAGAACUUUGUAGCUCUACGGGUAGUGCGUCUCUUCACGCAGAACCUUCACAUCUCUCGCCGUUCACCUCUCGUAUAAGAAACUCCUCAAGAUCACUGUCGAUUUCGUCCGUCCUCGAUUAGACAACUUCUUGAAAAAGGCAGCGACUUCAAGUUGAAAUGGCGCAGCAGCAAGCUCCGAACAUGCAGAACAUGGCACCAGCGGGAGCGUACGUCGCUCCGCCGCCCCCGUACGCCGCGGCAUCGGCAGCGCCAACGCCCGCGAGCGCCCCUGACGGGUGCUGCGCGAACAACAAGCGCUCCGCGCUGUACACGUGGCUCCCUCUCAGCCUUCGCAUCGGAAUCUUCCUGUGGUGCCUCAUUGCGUUCAGCCUGUGCUUUGCCGUCAAGGGAUCAGUGACCGUGACGGCGUACGGCGCGGGAGCGUACCUAGUGGCAAUGGCGAUCCUCGGGUUCAUAUUCGCCGUACUGUUCAUCAUCUACAACGUCGCGCGCAUCUUUGUCGCGGGCUCGGAGGUCUACGACGCCAUAAUGGACCUCAUCCAGCUCUUUGAGACCUAUAUAAUGUCAAUUUUGCUCUUCGCAGCCGCCACGUCAUCCGCAGCUGCGUGUAGCUUGUGGUGGGCCACCACCGGAGGGACAAGCGUGGCGAUUACUAAUGCGAUAAAUUAUCCAUAUGGACUCGGCUACUACGACCCUGAAACGGAACUCGGAAAAGUUCGGGGAGCGUCUGCCAUGGCGUAUUUGGCGUCCUUCACCUACAUCGCACUCUACUGGUACUACAACGUCCGUCUGUUCAAGCGUGCGGUCCUCAAGGCUAGCUUGGAAGCGGCAGCGCCCACAGCACAGGCAGCAAAGGACAACGUCCCUCCUUACAAUGUAUGACGGCUUAAGGCUUGCAAGUUGAACUGCAUAUGGAAGUCAGCCAAUGGGACACGCCCUUGCUUACAGUGUGUGAAGCCUGGAGGGUUUCUAGUCUCUUUGUCUGGUGUAGUGUAGUCUAGGACACGAGGUCAUUAAUUUGUUAUUGCUUGUUGCUCACCAACGCUAGUAAGGUGGGGUCUGUGUGCUGUGUAGGCUUGGGUCGCUUUUUAUUAAACAACAAAUGUAUAGUACUACC